ACCAAACACAAGAGCUUACAAUCAUUUAACAAUAUUUAGCAUACCUUUCUUCUCUUCCAAUGGCUACUACCUUAGCCCUGUCAAGAUUCUGUUGCAAAAGUCUUAUCGAGCCCUUAGACUUGGGAAAGUCUAAUCCAGAGUCUGGAGAUGGAGGUAACAUUUCUCAAGUUGAAGAGGUAACUAUCAAUGAUGGGGAUGAGAAACAGAAGGUUGUUACUCAAUCCGAAAAGCCUACCAUCAAGGAUGCGGAUGAGAAACAGAAGGCUGAUGCUCAAUCCAAAGAGCCUACCAUCAAGGAUGGGGAUGAGAAACAAAAAGGUCAAGAUCGUGGAGGUUCAGUUAACAACUCUUUGAGUGAGUUCUCAAAGAACCUGAUGGGCGUUAAGGUGAAGAUAGAAAAGAAGUAAUCUGUUGUUGUGUUGUUUGUACACACUUAAGUGUGUGGUUUGCUUUAUUCUUUUACUCUUCAGUUGAACCUUUUAAAGUUAUGUUUUUUAUUUUCAGUUUUCCUGCAGUUGUUUGAAAUAAGUGUUGCUUUCACGCACAUCUAUUUUAAAGUUUUGUUGCUAUAAUAAAAUCACUUUUGUUUC